AAACUUUCUCGGUCAGAUCACUGCGCCCCACAGAUGAGUAUAUAUAGGCGGAGAAUGUAGCCCUGCGAUGUCUCUAGUCGACAUCUUAACCAGACCCAAUAUGCGGGAUCCUAUUCCUCCACCUUCACUGCUCGUGCAGGCUAGCAAGUCAUUCGCCGACAAGCUGAGCCUGACAACACUUCCGUACCAUGUCCACGAGAUCCUCCUCGGCUUCUUGGGUUACCAUUUCAUCCUCCAUGUCCUUUCCCCGACCAUUUCGCAGCUUGUCUGUCCCAAGGUAUACAAUGGCUUCAACAAGCGCACGCGACUCAACUGGGACAUCCACUGGGUCUCCAUGAUCCAGGCUGUCUUCGUAUGCGCCGCUGCGCUGUGGGUCAUUUUCAAGGAUGAACAGAGACACGAGAUGGACUGGAGGGGUAGACUCUGGGGUUAUACGCCAGCUAGCGGCAUGGUUCAGGGAUUCGCUGCUGGAUACUUCCUGUGGGACCUUCAGAUCUCUGCCCAGUACAUCCACAUUGCUGGAGUAAGCUCGUUGAUCCACGCCAUCGGCGCUUUGGCAGUCACCUGUAUUGGUUUCAAACCCUUCGGAAACUACUACGGUCUCUCCUUCGUCCUCUACGAACUCUCUACUCCUUUCCUCAACAUCCACUGGUUUUGCGACAAGCUCAACAUGACAGGCUCAAAGCUCCAGCUCUACAACGGCAUCGCUCUGCUUGUCAUGUUCUUCUGCUGUCGCAUCGUGUGGGGAUCGUAUCAAUCUAUCAUGAUCUACUCGGACAUCUACAAGGCGCUCACAAUGCCUAAAUCAGAGCUUAUGAGCUCUCUGCUCGAGGCCCAGAAGAGCGACGGAGCCGCAAACAGCAGUAUGGGUCUCGAGGGGCCUGGAGGUCUGGCCGUAGGCGAGCUACCCAUGUGGCUGGUUUGCGUUUACUUGGUUGGUAACACAGCUUUGAGUAUGCUCAACUUUUACUGGUUUUCGCAGAUGAUAAAGGCUGUUCAAAAGAGAUUCGUGCCUGCGGACGAAAAGAAGGUAAAGAAGAGCCAGUAAGCUCUUGUGUUGCCAAGGAAUGAGAUACGAGUUCAGGAUAUGCGAAUGUUUUUGGUGGGCACUACCUAAUGUUGCUGAUUGACGGAACGGACGGCUACAAAGUGAUGAUACCCAGCGUCCUUGAUAAUUGUUGUGUUUAUUAAAGUCGAUAAUACUGAAUAUCAACCAUGUACUGUAACGUAGCGCCCAGUGACCUUUGUGACCUGAAUGAAUCGAAUAGGGCCCAAAUCCGCAGAAAACAACAGCUUGACCCGUCCCUCUCAUAACUUCGCACUCGUACCACUCAUCUUCUCUACCUCCUCUCUUAGAACCCUCCGCAUUUCGCCUGCCAUCUUGGCGCCCUCUUCGUCAUCCAAAUCAUCUCUUUGACCCCGCCCAAACAUUGUCCAGCUCUUGUUUUUGAUCUCUGGCAUUGUCUCUGGACGCGGUAUGAUGUGGAAAUGCACAUGUGGUACCACUUGUGCGGCACGCGCUC